CCCAAAGUUUCUACGCUGCAAUACAAAAGAGACGUAUCUCAAGUGUCCCUUCUUUUUAAGGCCGAUAAUGUUUGGUUCUCAAGAUACCAGCUCUACACCAGCCAUAUGCUUUACUCAAUUUGUCUGAUCAAGAAAGAAUCAAAUUCGGCCAUGUCAAGGCUGAAAUGUGCUACUUCUGCUUUGAUGUUCUCUUUUCUCAUCUGCACAAUAUUCAGGAUCCAAUUCAGGUCCCUUUCACAUGUGAAGAAAAAUAUCCAUUGUUCGUGACUUGGAAAAUUGGGAAGAGGAGAAAGCUGAGAGGAUGUGUUGGAACAUUUUCUGAAUUAGAACUUGAGCCAGGGCUCAGGGAGUAUGCUGUUUGCUCAGCCACGGAGGAUUCUAGGUUCCCACCUAUAUCUAAAGAAGAUUUACCCCACUUACAGGUAACCCUGUCUAUCCUGUGUCACUUUGAGAAGGGUACAGAUUACAGGGAUUGGGAGGUGGGGGUUCAUGGGAUCCGAAUAGAAUUCAAAAAUAUAAAAGGAAUUGAGUAUACAGCUACAUAUCUUCCUAAAGUAGCACUUGAACAGGGCUGGGAUCAGAAACAAACUGUUGAUAGCUUAAUCGAGAAAGCUGGAUACAAGGAAAAUAUAACUAAGGAGCUGAGAAACCAAAUUCAGCUAACUAGAUACCAGUGUGAGAAUAUAUCAGUAUCUUAUGAGGAUUAUCUCGCAAACUACAGUUCAAGAUUCCAGGAAGAACUUGCAUCUUGAACAAGUUUGAGGCUCAAGUAUACACUGGUGAAGCGGUGUAAGGGAGGAAAUGUCACAUUCUUCAAAUUCAACUGUUGGAUGUGUUGAAGGCGAAAAAUUGGUUAAUUUAUGAGGAGUUUUAAUUUUUGAAUGAUUUUGUUUAAAAUCGUGUAAUUUUGGCCAUUUCCAGUUUUACCCUGUAAAUUUCCGUUUUCUUCAGGAAAUGAGGGGGCAAUGGGGACUGAUCCCCCCCUCGGAACAGUAAAAUCUAGGAUUUCCAGAUUUUUUAGGCUCCAAGAGGUGCUGAGCCCCUCCUGGACAGGAAAGAAAAUGUUAAGCCCCCUCUAGACCAAUUCAUAAAUGCUCCCCGGUGGGGGGCGGGUGGGACCAUCGCUAACACCUUUUAAAGGAGCGCUCCUACUGGUAGUUUAAAUGUUCUUGUAGAAAUUAAAAAAAUAAACUAUUUCUAAUCUCCA